AUGACGACCACCACCACGCUUGCCCAGUUCAAUCACCUUCCCGGCCGGGGGGAGACUCACUCACACUCGCUAAUCGACGUGUCUUUAUAUAUGGGCAGUGGUGGUACGCAUGAUUCGAUUCCAGUCGGGACGGACCUGGGAAUGCCGCAUACUACAGCAUUCAAUCACACUCACGGCCAUCACAACCAGGCAGGGCUGUCAACUUCGAACUCGCAAUCGCAAACUCUUUCUUCUGCUUCCACAUCUUCGACGGGUGGGCUUUCCCCAGAGAUGUAUUCGCUUUCAAGCACUUACCACCAUCAUCAUCCUGAUCUGAUGAACACCUCAACCCUCUCAGACACUUCCUCAGACACCAGUUUCAACCCCGGUCUCUUCACUGAUCACCAAAACCGUCCACAACAUCUCACCCCAAACAACAACAACAACCCCUCCCCUAUCUCCUCCCACACUACCCACUCCUCAAACUCACCUCCCAAAUCCAAAUCCCCAGCACCAACACCAACACCAGCAACUAAACGCCACCAGCACACCUCCCCCAAACCAACUUCAACAUCACCAUCUGAAUCCUCCCUCCUCCACACCACCACCACCAGCAAAGAUUCCAAGAUCCAAAAACGCACACUCAACACCCUCGCCGCUAGGCGUUACCGCCAAAAGCGCGUCGAUCAGGUGUCUUCGCUGGAGACGUCGCUGAAGGAGACGCAGGAUGAGAGGGAUGAGUUGAAAUUGAAGGUUGCGAGGUUGGAGGCUGAGGUGGAGGUUUUGAGGGGUUUGGUUGGUAGGAAGUAG